AUGAGCAAUUUGAAAAUAUCAACAACUAUAAUUAUAAAUAUAAUAUUAAUACUGGUUAUAGCACAAAUAACACACAUUGUUGGCAAAGGCAUAGAUGUAACUUUGAAGGGAGAGGAAGUAGCAUAUAAUCGUCAAAAUGGAUUAAAUAGACUUGUUAGUCUUGUUAAUAGUUUGACUACAGACGAGCUUAAAGUAUUUGUAAACAAACAAGAAUAUGUUUUUUCUUCAUAUUUAGAUUCAGAAAGCCAGGUAAACUCGUUAAACAAUGAUGAUUUUGAGUAUAAAGAUAGAAUUCCAAAAAAAAGUCAUAUGGGCUUUGAGAAGGUUUGCCACAUUCCAAUUGAAACGAAAAGUUUGAUAUCAUUCAGUGAACAUUCACAAACAAAACUAAUAGAAGAUGGCCAAAUUCAAAAUUAUUUUUUUCCUAGGGUAAAACAUUAUAAGAAAAAUUUGCCUGAAUUAACUCCUGAACCUUAUCAAAGAGUUAUGGGAUUUGCUAUAGAAGUUUGUAUGCUGCCCUCAGUUUGGUACUUAGAAUUGGUUCAUUGUAUGUAUGUUGCAAUGUCCCCUUAUUUCGAUGGUAUGCUCAUGAGUUAUAGUUUACAAGAUUUGGUUGGUUCCGCUAUUAUUUCGAUGGAAUAUAAAAAUGAAAGAUUUUCAAAGGAAAAUUGUAUCAAAUAUUUACCUCUUUUUUCUGAUGACAAAAUAUCAUCUCGCUUUAAAGAAAUUUGUAGGGAAGCUGAAUCUUGCCUUGAGUCUAGAUCAUUCUAUACGAACAAGUUUUCCAAUUUUAAAAACGAAUUCAAUCAGAGAAUUCAAGAGGUAUAUAGUAGUAUUUCUCCACUUGAGGGUGCUCUUGAUCCUAAAACAUUUGCCAGAUAUUCAAUUUUGUAUUCCCUCUCAAUUUUAUCAAAAAAACUGUCAUUAAAUAAAGUCUUCCCUGAAAGGAACUUCCUGCCUAUUAGAGUUAUGGCCGCGUCAGUUGGAUAUUAUGCACUAGUAAAAAAAUUAAAAACGAAUUUUUUGUCCGAGAAUCAUCUAGUGAGUUUUUUUACAAAACUCAUUUCAAACCUUUUAUUUGAGAAGACAGAUACAGUUAUCGAACAAUGUUCAAGUGAAAUAAUCAGAUUUUUUGAUAUAACUAACGCUCAUUCGUUUGAAUUAUUCAGAGCAUUUUGUAAGGAGGUUUUUUCUGUUGGCUUUAUCAAUGAAUCAUAUCAAAGCCUUGGGGAAAUCAAUUCAAUAUUUAUUAAUUCAACCCAUCCAAAAAGAAUUUUGUUGAAUUCAUAUGCGUCUGUUGUUCCUGAAAUGAUCCAAGAGCUUCCACUUUCGGAAUACAGUAAUUCAUGGAUGAAUUUCAAAAAUGCUCACGAUAAAAGCUUAGACUAUAUUCAAGAAUUUAGUAGAAAUAAUUCUUCGGAUAGUUCAAAUGUUGAGAUAGUAGGAGACAAUGUUCAGGAACCAAUUUCAGACAAAAAUACAAAUUCCGUUAAAAAAAGUAAGAAAUUUUCAAAGAAGAAAAAGAAAUCAAAGUUGUGUUUUAGAAGUUCGAAAAAAAAGAGAAAAGUCUGUAAUAAACGAAAAAAAAAAAAUAGUAAUAAUAUCAAAUACAUUUCUAAUCCCAUAUAUGAUAGCUAA